AUGGCGGAGUGCUUGGAGCGAGUGCGGGUGUCGGAGGCCGAGCUAAGGGAACUGGUCAGGAGCCUUGGUCCAGCGGCAGCCCGUGCCGGCAACGAGGAGCUGGUGAGGAAGGUGGAGGAGCUGAGACUGGCAGAUGGCGGUAAGGCUGCCUGCCCUGGCAAGGACCAUCUGGAGGACCGAGAGAAGAUCCAGCCAACUGUGGGGGCCAAACCUGGGAAGAGGGAGAAGGGGAGGAGAGGGGAGAGGGAAGAUGGUGCAGACGAACCUGUGGACAGUCAAAUUAGCCGCUUACAGGCCAGGGUGGAAAAAACAGGGGGACCCUCCAAGCGCUACUCCAGGUCUGACAAACGCAGGGGCCGCAAGCGUACCUGCAGUACGAGUUCCGCAGGAAGCACCAACAGUCUGGAUGGUCCUCAGUGUCAGCACCGGCCUGCUGAUGGGGAAAGGAAGAGGACAAUGGGGAAGGACAGGAAGACCGCUGGUGAGCGGAAGGAAAGGUUGAGACCUUACAAGCAGGUUUCAAUCUCUUCUACAGACUCUUUGGAGGAAGACGUUGCUGAAGAGAACAGAGCUCACACACCUGAAAAGUGGAAAACUUUUGAGAAAGAGCAGCCAGUUGGCAGGGACAGUGGGUGGUCCAACUGCAGGACUACAGAGGACAAGGCCUUGCCCAAGGUUGUGCUUGACAGUGAGACUGUAAGUAGAGCGACUGUUACAUCCAAGUUAAACUCCGAGGAAAAGACUAAAGGGAGAGGCAAAGCCAGCAGACCAGUGUCCAAUCUCAGCCUGUCAGCAGGCAAGUUCCAUCAGAGCCCAGAGAGAAGGGAGAACGUGGAAGAGCCCAGAGGGAAGGGACGGGGUAUCUUGGUCCUGCCUGCCAACACCGAUCUAUUGUCCACAGCACCCGGGUCUCCAGACGCCCCACAGGCGGGGCCAAGGCUCCUCUUUGGCCGCAGCUCCCGCAGCCGGGGUCGAGGUGGGACGUCCCGGCGUCUUUGGGACCCCAACAAUCCCGACCAGAAACCUGCUCUGAAGGGGCAGGCCACCCCGUUGCACUUCUUGGACACUGACGAUGAAUGCAGUUCAUCCUCCCAGGGUGAGACCUACUCCUCAUACUCACACCCGACCCCCACGGCGUACUACAAGUUCCAGAACUCGGACAAUCCGUAUGGUUACUCCAGGACGGCAGUGACUGGCCCACAGUAUUCCUAUGGGGCGUACCCUGUACCCUAUCAGAUAGGUGGUAAUAACAACCUCUUCUCAGCACAGUAUUACCCGGGCUACCCGCCUCCACCAUUGGUCGCUCCUUACCAGGCUGGGCAGAUGAACCCUGAGGAGGUGGAGCAGCACGUGCAGACCCUGCACCACCAGGAACUGGGGAAGCUGCUGCGCAUGGCAGACAACCAGGAGUUGCAGCUGAGCAACCUGCUGUCCAGGGACACUGUCAGCAAGGAUGGCUUGGAGAGGAUGGCCCAGCUCAGGGCAGAGAUUCUGCUCUUGUAUGAGCGUUGCAUUCUCUCGGAUAUUGAAUACUCUGACAAUCAGAAUGUGGAGCAGACAAUGUGGAAAAAUGCCUUCUACCAGGUCAUUGAGAAGUUCCGGCAGAUGCUCAAGGAGCCUUCUGGAGACAACGGGGUGGAGAUCCGAGGGAGGCUUUUAAAAUUAUUGGAUGAGGGAACCAGCUUCUUUGAGAACCUCCUGCACAAGCUGCAGGUCACGUACCAGUUCAAACUGGAAGACUACAUGGAUGGGAUGGCCAUACGUAGCAAGCCUCUUCGUAAAGCGGUGAAGUAUGCGUUGAUCAGUGCUCAGCGGUGUCUGAUCUGUCAAGGAGAUAUUGCCCGCUACAGAGAGCAAGCCAAUGACACCACCAACUACGGCAAGGCACGCAGUUGGUACUUGAAAGCUCAACAAAUUGCACCAAAAAAUGGGCGACCCUACAACCAACUGGCUAUUCUGGCCAUCUAUACGAGGCGGAAGCUGGAUGCUGUAUACUAUUACAUGCGGAGUCUGGCUGCUAGUAAUCCAAUUCUUACAGCCAGAGAGAGUUUGAUGAGCCUCUUCGAAGAAACCAAAAGGAAGGCUGAGCAGGCAGAACUCAAGAGGCACAAGGAAUCAGAUCACAGCCCAGGCCCCAAAGUCAGGGGCAAGAAGCAGACUUUUCGGCAGGUUGGGGAAGAUAACAGCAGGGUGGAGGUCUGGAUCCACACUACCCAUCCUCACUUCUUUCAGGGUAAUGAGCUGAACAGGGAUGAAGCGACUUCAGAGCAAGACGAAGACCUGGGAAAUCUCUCCCCCAGUGAUCUGAAUAAAAGAUUCAUCCUGAAUUUUCUUCAUGCCCAAGGGAAGCUCUUCACCAAGAUAGGAAUGGAGACCUUUCCAUCAGUGGCUGCAAAUGUUCUGAAGGAGUUCCGAGUGCUGCUUCAGCACAGUCCGUCCCCUCUUGGUAACAUGCGGAUGCUGCAGCUGAUGGCUAUAAACAUGUUCGCGGUGCACCGCACUCAACUCAAAGAUUCUGGUUCGGAGAACUGCCGAUCAGUCAUUCAGGAGCACGCUACGACACUGGGACUGGCCAUGUUUGGUUUGCUUGUUGAACGUUGCAUCGAACUGUUAAAGGAAGCUGCCCAAGAUGCUGCCUGACCUGCUAAGCUCCUCCUGCAUUUUGUGCGUAGAGUGUAUAGAAUGGAACUUUCCUAUUUACACUCAGUGAAAACCUAGGAUACAUGGAUGAUAGAAAAUCUCCUGCUG